CUGUAGAGGCUGCGCCUGCGCGUUCCGUUCCGCCCCUCGCUCUCGCUUUCGCCCGCGGCGCGGCUUGUCCCGCGUCGGCCGCCGUCCGCCCGUUUUGUUUCCCGGGGAGCCAAAAUGGCGGCGGCGGCGGAGCUCGAGCGGGUCCGCGUCUCGGCGGCGGAGCUGAGGAGGGGCGUCCUGGCGGCGGCGGAGGCGGCGGCCUCCGCGGGGGCGGCCAGGGGCAGCGGAGGACCAGAGACCACAAAGGAGCCUCGCCACCGCAAGGACAAUCGGCGCCCUGACCUCGAGAUCUACAAGCCGGGCCUCUCCCGCCUGCGGAACAAGCUCAGCUUCUCAGCCAAGCAGGAGGAGGCCAAGGGAGGCGCCCUGGCUGGCGACAGAGGAGCUCCCCUUGCUCCCAGCAGGGAAGAGCCCCCGGCCCCUCAGGACCCUCCCAGAGCAAGCAGCCAGCAGCAGCAGCCCAACGGCCUCUUGGACGGGCCUGGCGAGGCUGGGGCUCCGCAAGAUCCAGGGGUCUCCCCUGAGGAGUGGUGUCCUCGCAUCAUCCGGCGAGCCAAGAAGCCUGACCAGCAGAUCUACCAGCCAGGGAAGCGCCUGCAGGUCCCCUCCAAGGAGCCCGCUGCCCCCCAGCUGGCGGCCGAGGAGCCCCCCGCAAAGGGGGAGCGGGGCGAAGAGCCCGAAAGGGACGCUGGGAAGGGCUGCAGGAAGCCAGCGGCCCCUGAGGGGCAGGAAGGGGGCCUGAGCCGGGAGGGGGCCAAGCCUCUCCGUGGCGGGGAGAAGGGCAGGCGGGCCGAGCGGGUCCGGAAAGGAGGCGGCGAGGAGGCAGCUGCCCAGAGCAAGGUCCAGAGCACCCCAAAGCGCUACUCGCGCUCGGACAAGCGGCGGAACCGCUACCGCACCUGCAGCACCAGCUCGGCCGGGAGCAACAACAGCGCCGACGGGGCCCGCGGGGAGGCAGAGGCCGGGCGGAAGCGCCAGGAGCCACCCAAGGAGAGGCCCCGUCCCCGGAAGCAGCUCUCUGCCUCCUCCACAGACUCCCUGGAUGAGGACAAGGCGGAAGAGGAGGAGGCCGAGGCAGCCCGGGGCUCCAGCAGGGACUCGGAGGCAGCCAAGAGACGCCUGGAGCACGGCUGGCUCUCCCGGGGCGCCAGCGGGCGGGAAGCCAAGGGCAGCAGGGGGGGUGGGCGGGGGGAGCCCCCCGAGGCAGAGUGGCGCAAGCGGAAGCCCUCGGAAGCCAGCCUGAGCGAUUCCACGGAGGCAGCCGAAGUCGGGAAGGGCUCUUCCGGCCGGGAGCCCCAGGGCAGGGGGCGCGGCAUCCUGGUCCUCCCGGCCAACACGGACCUCACCGCCAGUGGUGCUGGCUCCCCCGAAGCCCCCCACUCAGGGCCCCGGCUCCUCUUCAGCGGUGGCCUGGGCAAAGGGACCAGGGGGAGGGGCAGAGGGGGCACUGCCCGCCGGCUGUGGGACCCCAACAACCCCGAGCAGAAGCCGGCCCUGAAGAGCCAGGCUUCCCAGCUGCACUUCCUCGACACGGACGACGAGGCGGCCCCUCCGCCCCGGGGGGACACCCGCCAGGCCCAGGCCUCCUACUACCGCUUCCAGAACUCGGACAACCCCUACUACUACGGGCGGGCGGCAGGCCAAGCCCCCUCCUAUCCCUACGCCGGGUACUCCCUGCCCUAUCAGGUCGGUGCCAUUAACGGGGUUUACCCGGGCACCUAUUACCCGCCAGGCUACCCAGGGCAGGCCGAGCCCUACCUGUGCAGCCCCCUCCUGGCUGGGCCUCUCAGCCCCGAGAUGGAGCAGCAGGUGCGCAGCCUGCAGCAGCAGGAUCUCAGCAAGGUCCUCCGCGAAGCCAGCAACCUGGAGCAGCAGCUAAGCAACCUCCUGUCCAGGGACCGGCUCAGCCCUGAGGGCCUGGAGAAGAUGGGGCAGCUCAGGGUGGAGAUGCUGCAGCUGUACAAGCGCUGCCUGCUGACCGACAUCGAGUUUGCUGACGCCCAGAACGUGGACCAGCUGCUGUGGAAGAACGCCUUCUACCAGGUGAUCGAGAAGUUCCGGCAGCUGCUCAAGGAUCCCCUUGGGGAGAACGCCCAGGAGAUCCGCACCAAGCUGCUCCAGAUCCUGGACGAGGGCAGCGAUUUCUUCGACGGUUUGCUGCAGAAGCUGCAAGGGACGUACCAGUUCAAGCUGGAGGACUACAUGGACGGCAUGGCUGUGCGCAGCAAACCCCUGCGGAAGGUGGUGAAAUACGCCCUCAUCAGUGCCCAGAGGAGCCUGAUCUGCCAAGGAGACAUCUGCAGAUACCGAGAGCAAAGCAGCGACACGGCCAACUACGGAAAGGCACGCAGCUGGUACUUGAAGGCCCAGCACAUCGCCCCCAAGAACGGACGCCCGUACAACCAGCUGGCCCUCUUGGCUGUCUACACGAGGAGGAAGCUGGAUGCCGUCUACUACUACAUGCGCAGUCUUGCGGCCAGCAACCCCAUCCUGACUGCCAAGGAGAGCCUCAUGAGCCUCUUCGAGGAGACCAAGCGGAAGGUGGAGCAGGUGGAGCAGAAGAAGAGCCCCAGCCGGCAGAGUAAAGGCAAGAAGUCGGCCUUCCGGCCUUCCGGGGAUGAUGCCACCCGCCUGGAGCUCUGGAUCCACCCCUCGCACCCCCGCACCAGCCAGGGGCACGAGUCCGGGCGAGACUCGGAGCAGGACAACGGCCUCGGCAGCCUCAGCCCCAGCGAUCUGAACAAAAGGUUCGUCCUGAGUUUUCUCCAUGCCCAUGGGAAGCUGUUUACCAGGAUUGGGAUGGAGACCUUCCCUGCCGUGGCUGCCGAGGUCCUGAGCGAGUUCCGGGUGCUGCUGGGGCAUAGCCCCUCGCCCAUCGGAAGCACCCGCCUGCUGCAACUCAUGGCCAUCAACAUGUUCGCCGUCUACAACUCCCAGCCCAAAGAGUGCCUCUCCGAAGACUGCCGCUCGGUGAUCCAGGAGCAGGCCACGGCCCUGGGCCUCUCCAUGUUCUCCAUGCUGGUCAAGCGCUGCACUGCUCUGCUGCGGGACGUCUCCCCAGCAGCUGCUCAGGGCCAGGAGGGCUGUGAGGACGAUGACAUCAAAGUCUCCUCCUUGCCGCAGGACCUGAAGGAGCUCCUGCCCAGCAUCAAGGUCUGGUCGGAUUGGAUGCUGGGCCACUCGGACACCUGGAACCCCCCGCCCAGCACCCUGGAGCUGCCCAGAUCGGUCUCGGUGGACGUGUGGGCCACCCUGGCCGACUUCUGCAACAUCCUGACAGCCGUGAACCAGUCGGAGGUGCCGCUCUACAAGGACCCGGACGAGGACCUGGCCCUGCUCAGCCUGGAGGAGGACCGCCUGCUCUCGGGUUUCGUCCCGCUGCUGGUCGCCCCCCAGGAGCCCUGCUACGUGGAGAAAUCCUCGGACAAGAGAAGAGCCAUUGCUGGCAUUCAAGGGUGGAAAGUAUGUGUCAGUGGCCCCCGUCCCAGACGCCAUGGGAAAGGAAGCAGCCAGCCAAGAGGGAAAACAACUGGAAGAUCAGGAGGACGAUGUCCGGAUCGAGGCUUUUGAGGACGACUCGGAGGCCGACGGCAGCGGUGGAGAGCUGGACAUCAGGGAGCUGCGGGCCAAGAAGCAAGCGCUGACCAGGAAGGUGGCCGAACAGCAGCGCCGGCAAGACAAGAUCCAGGCGGUGCUGAAGGACCAGGCCCAAGUGCGGCAGAUGGAGCUGGAGAUCCGCCCCGUCUUCCUGGUGCCGGACACCAACGGCUUCAUUGACCACCUGGGCAGCCUGGUCAAGCUCCUAGACUGCCGGCAGUUCAUCCUCGUGGUGCCCCUGAUUGUCAUCAACGAGCUGGACGGGCUGGCCAAGGGCCCCGAGUCGGAGCACCGUGGCGGGGGCUACGCACGGCUGCUGCAGGAGCGGGCCCGCAAGGCAGUGGAGUUCCUGGAGGCGCGCUUUGAGAAGCGGGACAGCUACAUGCGAGCCCUCACCAGCCGCGGCAACGAGCUGGAGUCCAUCUCCUUCCGCAGCGAGGACAUCUCCAGGCAGCAGGGAAACAACGACGACCUGAUCCUGUCCUGCUGCCUCCACUACUGCAACGACAAGGCCAAGGACUUCAUGCCGGCCAACAAAGACGACCCGAUCCGGCUGCUGCGGGAGGUGGUGCUGCUGACGGACGACCGCAACCUGCGGGUGAAGGCACUGACCCGCAACGUCCCCGUCCGGGACAUCCCCACCUUCCUGCGAUGGGCGCAGGAGGGCUGAGCCGGGCAGCGUGCAGGGGGGCACCGUCCCCAGGAAGCUGUGCCGCUCUGUGCCACCAGCAGGGGGCAGCCUUGAGGCGGAGGGGGGGCCCUUGCGCCAAGCCACUGCCGCCCCCACCGCCGUUCCCGGCUGACACCCACCAAUGAACAAUAAACGUGUCUCCAACCCGCCCGGAAUGGCCGUGCUGUGGGUGUGAGAGAGAGGGAAGUGUUGUGUCCGCACAGGCCAGCGAGGGUGGGGGGGAUAGGGGCGUGUCGUGUUCCCCUGCCGAGGGGGGAGGAUAGGACAGCCAGAGAGGUCUCAAGUGGGCACCCCCAUACGCCUUUUCCUUGGCCAGGUGGGGCAAGGUGAGGGGUACUUUGUGUGGAAGUGUGUGAGCCCCGAUCCCCUCCCUGCCGCCCCCCACAUUGACAUCCUCUUUGUCCUCUUCCAGCCCCCUCCCGGACCCUCAUCCUUCCCUUUUGCCAACCUGCAUCCCAGAUUUCCAUUCUCAUCAUCCCCAGACACACACACACACACACACACUCCUGGUCCAGUGGUGUAGGUUGCAGGGGGGGGCCUGGGCGUUGGGUUUGGGGAGUGCAGAGUCAGGGCUGGGGGGUGGAGAGAAGAGGCAAGCGGGUGCCCCCAUGAAGGAGCUUUGAGGGCAGUUGGAGCUCACACAGAGAACAGCUGCCAUGAAAAAGAAGAAUUGUCCCCUCGCUCGGGAGCCUGUAUUGAAAUGGGGGGGAGCCUUAACUGGCCCCGGUCAGUUGCAUCGUUGCCCAUCCCCAGGCCCUUUGGGUCGAUGGCAGGCGGGGAAGGGGGGAGCCCACGAUUGGGAACAAAAACAGAAAACCCAAAGAGCCAGCCAUGGAAAUGGACUUGUCCUGCGUUCAAAGGACGCUUUUUAGAUAAAAAACCCUUUGCUUCCGGAGGGGGCCACACCAGAUGGUUUGGGGUCACAAUUCUGCCUUUCUUGGUCUGGAGAGGGGGAUUCGCCUCUCCCGCCUCCACCUUUGGGGUCUGCUGCACUCAAGAUCGUCAGCCCCAUGGCGAUGGGGAGGGGCGGGUGUGUCUCUUCCCCCACCCCUUUUGUUCUGCUUUUUGGCCUGCCGGGGUUUGAUGGAGGGCUUGUGACAGACAAAGUAAAAUAAAAAAAAUGUUCCUUUGUU